AUGCGCUUCAUCAGGCUCUCCCUUAUUGCGUCAACCGCUCUCCUGCCCCGAUCUGAGAGUGCCAUGAAGGCUGCUGGUCCCUUGACGACCGAUCAGAAGGACACAACUGCCGUCAUGCACGUGACUACCGAUCAGAACGGCCUUCCACCGGCCAGGUUGCUACGUUCGCAAGUACUAAUUCAUGAGAUUGAAGAACCCACGAUCGCGUCGGUUGCAAGCCUUGUCAAGCCGUCUUCAGAACAAUCGACCACCGCAAUCGAGACGGCCCUCGCUUUCAAUCUAGAGAAAAUGCGAUUGGUGCCUGAAAACGCUGUAGCCGGUAUCUAUCCCAAGUGGUCGCAAGACUAUUUCCCCUACAAGAUCCCGGUUUACGUCUCCGGAGCCGAGAUGAUGAUUGAAGAAGCGGACCGAGCGAUAAGGGCCGAUCGCGCGGUUCUGCGGACGCGAGGCAUGUUGGGUUCCUUAAAUCCUGAUGACGAAAACGCUGAGGUAAAAAGGAAAGUUGAGGAAGCUGUCGGGGUCAGGUUAUCAAACUUCGCAAGGAAAGAGCCAGUCACGGAUUUCCAGGCUCAGCUUACUGUUUUUCUCACUGAGAUGCGGACAUCAGUCAAGCAGAAAAACCUGGCAAAAAGGUUUGAAAAAGGUAUGGUUGAACUCUAUCAGAAGAAGUUGCAUCUUUAUCACUUCCUGAGAUCGGAGCAGAUGCUGGAACUAGCUAGUGAGGCAGCAGGCGAAGAAGACUUCUUAUUUCUUUUCCUGUGUGUGGAAAAUGAAUACACCUUAGCUUACUCCCUCACCCUGCUAAAGAUGUUAGGCAACAGCGCUCAGCAAGAGUUCGCGACAAAGUACUUCGAACUUAUUCCACCAUGGAUCGCUCGAACCCUUGAUGUGUCGAAGCACAUUCAUCUGCUCCAAGCAUUGUUCACCCGCAGUAAGUUUCCAAGUGUCUAG